AUGGAUCUAUCUGAGCUUACAGCUGCUGUUGCUACCGAGUUUGGUUUCAACAACACGGAAUUCGGUGAUGACUCUUGUUUCAAAACCCCUGACCUUGGCAAGAAGAGACUUCAGAGUUUCGAUAUAGAUGGCACUCCUUCCAAUAUUCGCACUACCGCAUCCAAAUCUGGUGUUUCUAAAGGAAUUUCAUCUCCAUUGGUAUCCGAUAAUGAAGAACUCAUAGUAGAGGUCAAGGAAGUGGAAGCAAAUAUCAAAUAUAGCGCAAUACCUGAUAAUGAAGUCAGUGAUGAAGAUGAGGAUGUUGAAUCUCAUGAUGGUGCAGAGGAUGUUUUUGUACCCCCACGUGGGUAUGAUACUGAAUUUUGGGAAGAGUUAAUUGACAAUGAUUAUGGUGGUUCUAAUGAUGUUGAGAUUAUGUGUACUCCUACUAAUGUGGAGGCAGUAACUUUGGUAAGAAAAAUGUCAGUAUGGGCCAAAAAAAAUAACCAAUUUAAGCGGACAAUCUAG